GCAAUUAAGUUGGCAUACAAAGCAUGUGGCUCAACAAUUACAUCUUUCUAUAUUCUAUUUAGGCAUCUCUUAGGUAUGUCAUAGUUGAUUCCUACACAUUAGCUAAUCACAAACAAAUAUUAUGAAUCUCCUCAAGGAAGAUAGGCAGAGAUAAUUGUGAGUGUCAAACCAAGAAAAUGGAAGAUGCAAGACAAGAUGAAAUUGAGGACUCAUCGUCGCUGGCCCCUCCAUCUCCGGGAUCUAUGCAGAUUUCAGGGAGAAAUGGCUUUGGCCACAACAUAGAUUACAUGUCGCAAGUCUACCUCAGAAGCAGGAGCUGCUCGCAGAUUGAUAUAGAAUUAGAGGACACCUCAAAUGCCACCGACGACCGCCCACUUCCUAUAUUUCUCAAGUUUCAAGAUGUGGAAUAUAAGGUGAAAACAAGUCAAGCUACUUCUGCUAACCCCCUGAAGGCAGUUGCGACAAAAGUAGCCUCACAAAUUAAUCAAGACGAUUACAAACACAUUUUGAAGGGUAUUACAGGGAGUGUCGGCCCUGGUCAGGUUCUUGCUUUGAUGGGUCCUUCUGGUAGUGGGAAAACUACCAUGUUAAAGGUUAUAGGGGGGAGACUGCAAUUCAAUGUUAAAGGAACUAUCACAUACAAUGACAUUCCUUACAGUCCAGCUCUUAAAAGGAGGAUUGGUUUUGUGACACAAGAUGAUAUACUUUGGCCACACCUGACAGUGGAAGAAACUUUAAUAUUUGCUGCAUAUUUGAGACUCCCAGGAAGCAUGACUCGAAGGCAGAAAUACGAAAGGGUUGGCAUGAUAAUCAGAGAAUUAGGCCUUGAAAGAUGUCGAAAUACAUGCAUAGGAGGAGAAUUUAUUAAAGGAGUGUCGGGGGGAGAAAGAAAACGAACUAGUAUUGGUUAUGAAAUCCUGGUUGAUCCAUCAUUAUUGCUUCUUGAUGAACCAACUUCUGGCCUCGACUCCACCUCUGCCAACCGGCUCCUCCUCAGCCUUCAAGACGUGGCAAAGGCAGGAAGAACAAUAAUCACAACCAUACACCAGCCCUCAAGCAGAAUGUUUCACAUGUUCCACAGGGUUCUUUUGUUAUCAGAAGGCUAUCCUGUGUAUUAUGGGAAGGCCAGAGAUGCAAUGGAUUACUUCUCCUCAUUACAAUUUAUCCCAGAAAUAGCCAUGAAUCCUGCAGAAUUUUUGUUGAAUUUAGCAAAUGGUCAGAUGAACGACAUUACUGUCCCUGAUGAUUUACGUGCUCAUCAGGGGACUCUCGAAUAUGAGAAGGCUGUACUCAAGCAUCUGCGACUUAAGUACAAGACACAACUGGAGCCGAAAGAGAAAGAAUCAUAUUGUCAGACAACAAAAGCAGUAGAGCAUCUCCAAUUAGCCAUUCAAGGCAAGAAAGACUGGACAAUGAGUUGGUGGGAACAGUUCAAAAUACUGAGCAAGAGAACGUAUAGAGAAAGAUACAGAGAUUACUUUGAUGUGUUAAGACUGGCUCAAGCACUUGGAGUUGCAGUCCUGUUAGGUCUUCUCUGGUGGAAAUCCAGCAUCGAUACAGAAGCUCUCCUUCGAGAUCAGAUUGGCUUGAUGUUUUACAUCUGUAUUUUUUGGACAUCCUCAUCAUUGUUCGGAGCUGUUUAUGUUUUCCCCUUUGAGAAACUCUAUCUGGUGAAGGAUAGAAAAGCGGACAUGUACAGAAUAAGCGUAUACUAUGUGUGCAGCACAUUGUGUGACAUGGUAGCUCAUGUUCUGUAUCCAACAGUUUUCAUGACCAUACUGUACUUCAUGGUGGGCUUAAGGCGAACGGCUGAAUGCUACUUUCUGACAGUGGCUGCAAUCUUACUGGUAGCUAUCACGAGCCAAGGAGCCGGAGAACUAUGUGGCGCCAUAGUAAUGAGUAUAAGAAGGGCCGGAAUGAUUGCUUCUUUGGUACUUAUGCUGUUUCUUCUCACUGGAGGCUACUAUGUCCAGCAUAUACCAAAAUUUAUGCGAUGGUUGAAGUACGUGUCGUUCAUGUACCACGGAUUCAGGCUGCUGCUGAAAGUGCAGUACUCAGGGGACGAAUUAUUCGAGUGCAAUAGCAUUGGAGGAUGCAGGACAUUGCAGAGUUCUCCUUCAUUCGACACUGUGAAUUUGAAAGGUGGCUUGCAGGAAGUCUGGAUCUUAUUAGCAAUGUCAUUAGCUUAUCGUUUCUGCGCUUACAUUUGUCUUCGUAGAAAAAUCACCAACUAUCAGCUUUAAACCAUGUAUCUUUCCUGCAGUGAUCAGAAACUUGCAUGUCAGUGAGAAUUAUGACAACAUUUGAAGAUAGUAUCA